CGCACAAGGUCACAUGACAGCGCCGCGCUCGCGCCUUGUUUUCGCUGCCGGGCCGGUGGAACAUGGCGGGCGGAGAGGAGAGCCGCAAGCUGAUGGAUGGAGAGGAGGAUGAUGGGGACGAGCGCGGCAGCGGCGGCGGCGGUUCGAGGACCAUGGCGGCCAUUUGCGAUCCGACGCGGUGGCCGCACAGAAUCAUCGUGUUGAGUUUAAUGUGUUUCUUAGGCUUCGGAAGUUACUUCUGCUACGACAACCCGUCCGCUCUGCAGCAGCAGGUGAAACAGGACAUGGACUUAAACACAUCCAGUUUCAUGCAGUUGUAUGCUUGGUACUCCUGGCCUAAUGUGGUACUUUGCUUCCUGGGAGGCUUCCUACUGGACAGAGUGUUUGGCAUCAGGUUGGGAACGAUCAUCUUUUCCCUCUUUGUAUGCGUUGGACAGGUCAUAUUUGCUGCUGGUGCCCUUUUUAAUGCCUUCUGGCUGAUGAUUCUUGGACGCUUUGUUUUUGGGAUUGGAGGAGAGUCCCUGGCAGUGGCCCAGAACACCUAUGCGGUGAACUGGUUCAAAGGGAAAGGACUAAACCUGGUGUUUGGCCUUCAGCUCAGCAUGGCCCGUCUGGGCAGCACUGUAAACAUGAAUGUCAUGGGCUUGGUGUACGAGAACAUUCGGGGCCUCCGAGAUGGGACGGGAUACACGACCCUGGGCAUCACACUGAUGAUUGCUGCAGCCACCUGUGUGUUUUCCUUGAUUUGUGCCUUGGUCUUGGGCUACUUGGACAGGAGAGCUGAGAGGAUUUUGAAGAAGGAAGUAUGCUCAACUGGGGAAGUGAUUAAGCUGACAGAUGUGAAGGACUUUCCUCUCUCACUGUGGCUAAUCUUCAUCAUCUGUGUGGGCUACUAUGUGGCCAUCUUCCCUUUCAUUGGGCUUGGCCAGGUUUUCUUCAUUGAGAAGUUUAACUUUUCACCUGUCCAAGCUAGUGCAAUAAACAGCAUCGUGUACAUCAUCUCAGCCCCAGCCUCACCACUGCUGGGUUUCUUGGUGGACAAGACUGGGAAGAAUAUAAUCUGGGUGCUGAUGGCUGUGAUCAUCACACUUGCUUCACAUAUGAUGCUUGCCUUCACCUUCUGGAAUCCCUGGAUUGCUAUGUGUCUGCUGGGAGUGUCCUACUCCCUGCUGGCAUGUGCUCUGUGGCCCAUGGUGGCAUUUGUCGUUCCAGAGCACCAGCUGGGAACUGCCUACGGAUUCAUGCAGUCCAUACAGAACCUGGGGCUGGCACUGAUCGCUAUGGCAGCAGGCGCCAUCCUUGACAGCCGGGGUUACUUGUUUCUGGAGGUCUUCUUCUGUGCCUGUGUCUGCAUUGCAUUGAUAGCUGUUGUUUUACUCUACUUCCUUGAUCUUAUCAAAGGAGGAGAGUUAAACUUGUCUACCUCUGCUAGGGCCAGGCUCCAGAAGGAUACUUUGUCUCAUUCAGAAUGAGGAUGCUAAGUGCUGAGGCUCGCAGCCAGCUGUCACCUCUGAUCUGAGGAGCCUCAGCUGUCACUCACCAUGGGACUCCUCCCACAACACUUACUGGCUCUUCCCAUAACCCGUACUGACUCCUCUCACAGCUCACAGAAGUCCUACGCUGUGGACUGACUAAAAGUUGCUUUAUACCUCAGACCCACUGCUCUCUUUUAAAGUUCCACACCACUUAUGCUUUAAAUGUUAGCAAAACAUUUUGACAAAAUCUGCCUAGUAAAUUUCCAAAGUGUACACCCGUUUAUGGAGAUGCACUGUGUCAGUUUCUGUCCACUGAGUUUCUAAUGUUGUCAAUCAGCCCAUACGCUGAUCAGACCCCAGUGAUACAUACACCCCUCGUAGUUUGCGGCUUUACGCACUUAUAUUCCCCCAAAUGCUUUUAUGUCCUCUUAAGUGUUUUUGUGUUAAGUGUUUAAAAUCAAAACCAUUGAUAGGGCAAUUGUGGUAAAGGCCAGUUGAAUUUAUUUUUAUUUGCAGUUGUGGAUUUCUCUCAUCUUUUAAGUUAUAAAAUUACUUUAGUGUGUAAUAAGACUAGGUUAUUUAUUUUUAAGAUUGCCUAAUGUUAGAGGACGAUGUCCCUUUUGUAUCCCAAUGUUUAGAUAGUCUUUCAGCUGAUUACUAAUGAGAACAUUUGCUCUUUGUUUAAUUCUCUGUGGAACAUUGAUCUUGAAUUAGGGUUCUGUGCUCCUUUUAAGGUUGGUCUGUAAUGUGAUCCAAGCCAGUGUCUGGUUCUGCUCUGAGUGUCUAAUUCACAUUAUCUGUAAGCACAGUCUUUUAGCUUGUUACUGUUUGAGACGGGGUUUUUGGUGGAAAAACCGUAUACAAUCUGCAAGAGCACAAACUGGAGCAUUUGAACCUGAAGCAUUUCUAAAUGUUACUGUAUUCUAUUGCAAGGGUACAGAUUGCUGAGCAGUCUGUCAGUGAUAAGGUUCUACAUUUUUGUGUAUUUGUGGUAAGUUUUUCAGUCACUGCAGUUUUGUGAUAAGGCACAUGUGCAAAGUCAUCAUGGCCUUCAUAGCAAAAAAGCCAGUGAAAUCUGGAAAUAUUAAUCUUGUCACAGAUGCACUGGAAAAGUGCAAUUAGCAAUUCAAUAAUUGCUCAGUUUUUUUUUUCUUUGAAUUAAAGUAGUAUUGGAUAAGCAUUUCAACUAACCUCAUUAUGUUUACUUUUUUCAUGGACCUUCUAAUAAGGAGAAAGA